AUGGCUCACCCCACGUCCAAACACGACAAAGGUGAUAUCUACCACCACUGGGGUUACUCGUUUCGCUGGACGGACCUUCAUACCUCCCCAGAGCAGCUCCAGCCCAGGAUGUUCACGUACGACAAGCUGGUUGAUGAAUGUCUCGAGCGCCUGGACGAGAUCUCGCCGCCCAAGAGUGCUCCUCGAUCUGCAUCUGGGCCACCAGAGGCAUCGAAAGGACCGAAGAGGGAUUUGUAUUCUCUGCUUGAGGAACAUGCAAAAGAGGAUCCUAAGCUCGACCAGCUGUGGACGGAGAUCAACACCGUCCCGGAGUGGGUAGACUGGGACCAGAUCAAACGAGGACAGGAAGUGUUUUUUCGUUAUGGGCUUCCGAUACUCAAUGUGCUGAGCUUCGAAAGCCUCUUGGGCGGCAUGGGCUCCGGACGCGUUGUCGAGACAUUAACCCGCACCGGCGGAUUUUCCGCAGACGUAGUACGACGCCGACUACUCGAGACCCUUCAACACGUCCUCCAAGUAUCUCUAUCUCUCAAGUCCAUAAAGCCCGGCGGAGACGGCCACAUCUCGUCCGUCCGGGUCCGACUCCUCCACGCCUCAGUGCGCUCCCGAAUCCUCAAGCUCGUCGCACAGCGUCCUGAAUACUACAACGUCGAGGAAUACGGCAUCCCCAUCAGCGACCUCGACUGCAUCGCCACCAUCAACACCUUCUCGACGAGCGUCAUCUGGAUCGGUCUUCCCCGGCAAGGCAUCUGGCUCCGCGACGGGGAAAUCAACGACUAUCUGGCCCUGUGGCGUCUCGUCGCAUACUACAUGGGGACGCCGACGGAGCCGUUCCGAUCGCAAGCGACCGGUCGCGCGAUGAUGGAGUCGCUCCUUGUGUCUGAGAUCAACCCGACAGAUGUAGGGAAGAUCCUAGCGCAGAAUAUCAUUCUCGGGUUGGAGAAUACGGCGCCAACGUAUGCGUCCAAGGAGUUCAUGGAGGCCAUGGCCAGACACCUGAAUGGUCAUAUGUUGUCUGAUCGGCUGGAUCUACCGCGGCCGAGUUGGUACUAUCGGGCGCUGAUUUAUGGGUAUUGUUUUGUUGUGAUGGGCGUUUGUUAUGGGUUCCGUCGCAGACUCUACUACACCCUCAUCACCGACAAAACCGAAGGACUAGGCGGCGAAUCCUUCUUCGAGUUCAAGUACGUGCCGUUCUACACACGCACCACGAAACUCGGGAAACGCAACCAGAUCAAAGCAACACAGUACGGGAUCGAACAUCUAGCGCACCUAGGUCUGCUGGCCGGUCUCAUGACCGUGUUGACGUUGUUUUGCGGAACGGUGUUUGGUCUAAAGAUGUUGACGACUGGGAUGCUUGUUUAG